AGAGGGAGAACACCAGGCGCAGCGCGGCGUGGGCGCUCCGACUCCGGCCCGGGACAGGCGCGAUGGCGAGCAGCGACCGCAGCCGCACCACCCAGAGCUUCCUCGGCUCCGACGGGGACGAGGAGGCGGCGGCCCGGGAGCUGGACAGCGAGGAGGAGUCGGAGGGCGAGGAGGAGGACACGGCGGCCGAGUCGGAGGAGGAGGAGCCCGACGCCAGGUUAUCAGACCAGGAAGAAGAGGGCAAGACCACGCAAGAGUGUAUCAUCUCCGACCCCUCCUUUUCCAUGGUGACAGUUCAACAGGCAGACAGUGGAAUCACCUGGGAGACCAACUCAAGUAGGUCUUCCACUCCUUGGGCCUCGGAAGAAAGUCAGACCUCCGGUGUGUGUAGUCUGGAAGGGUCAACUUUGAAUUCUCCUCCAGGAAAUGUUUCCUUCAUUGUAGAUGAAGUUAAGAAGGCUCGGAAGAGAACUCAUAAGUCAAAGCAUGGUUCACCAUCAUUGCGUCGGAAAGGCAGUAAAAAACGAAAUUCUUUGGAAUCCCAAAGUCUUCCAGAACACAAAAAAGAUAAUCCUUUAAUUUCGGAAAGCCAAGCACUAACCACAGAGAAGGAGAAGGCUUCUGCUGGCAUUUAUGAUAAAACAAGGAAAAAGAAAACCACCUCAAAUACUCCUCCUAUUACUGGAGCAAUAUACAAAGAACACAAGCCAUUGGUAAUAAGGCCUGUCUACAUUGGCACAGUGCAAUAUAAAAUCAAGAUGUUUAACUCAGUAAAAGAAGAACUAAUUCCGCUACAGUUUUAUGGAACUUUGCCAAAGGGUUAUGUAAUUAAAGAGAUACAUUACAGAAAAGGAAAAGAUGCAUCCAUUAGUCUAGAGCCAGAUUUGGACAAUCGCGAUUUUAAUGUAGUUUCAAAAAGAGGCAAAUCAGUAGCCCAAAGCAUAGAAGAUGACAAAGGGAAAGAGCUUGCUCCCCCGUGGAGAGGGGCUCUCUCCAAGGGAUCGAAGUCCUUCACCUCAUUAUUCAGUCAUGAGGAGCAGAAGACACCUUAUGCUGAUUCACCACUAAACGCCACACCAAGUGCCAAGUACACAGAUUCCUCUUAUGCAAGGAAUGACACCACAAAGCAAGGACAAAUCAGACCUCCACACUCAGUGCCACAAGAGAAUGAGGAUGAGGGGGACACUCCUGAAACAGAGCCCUCCUCCCAUCCACCUGCCACUGUCUUUCUGGAAACAGCAAAGGAAGAACUGGAGCCAGAUGCACAAGAUUUUGAAUCAUCAGAGAUUGACUCUCCUAGCUCUCCAGCUCUCACUGAUGAAGGAAAGAAGGGAGAUACACUUUCUGCUGACCAUUCUGGGGCACUGGAAGUAGAGGAGGAUGCUCUGGGAACAUCAGGCUUGGGAACAUCCACCCAGGAAGUGUUUGCACCAGGUGAAGAGGAACUGGAGCUGGCCUCCCUAGACAGAGCAGGACCAGUCUCUGAACACCUGCCUCCUCCUCAUCCCAGUGCCCAAGGAGAGAAGGAAGAACACGUACCUGAGCCAUUCAUCUCUCUAACAUUGCAAGAGCCGGGGAAAGAAGAAGUAGAAAAGGCUCUACCAGCAGCUGCUACUACUGAACUUGAAGACUCUGAUUUAGCAGAAGAGAUCAUAGAACUUGAUUACCCAGAAAGUCCAUUAGUUUCGGAGGAGCCAUUCCCAUCACGUUUGUCCCCGGAAGUGGAGCACAAAAAAGAGAAGCCCCCUCUACCUUUAGAGACAACAUCCCUACCUGAACAUGUCAUUUUGUCUGAGGAAGAAAGAGAGGAAAAUGAAUCUGUUUCCACAGAUUCUGCUUUUGCCUCAGAAUAUUCAGUCCCACAAGACUUGAACCGUGAACAAGAGAAGCAAGAAGUUGAGGCAGUUUCUCCAUCCACUGCGAAAGCAGUUUUCUUGGAAGAAGGGCAUGAGGAAUUGGAGCCUUAUUCUCCAGCUUUGGCCUCUGUGUCUGAGCGCUCUCUGUCACCAUCGACCACUGAGAAGACCUCUGAAUGCCAGUCCCCGUUGUUUUCAGCAGUUACACCAGAGAUCCUCUCAGGAGAUGAGGCCUCAGAAAGUGGCCCUUACACACCAGACUCCACAUCUGCUUCUGAAUAUUCACUUCUAUCCCAUGCAACACAAGACUCACUGGAGAAAACAAUGGGUCAUAAGUCCCCAUUAAAACCCCAACGUGCUUCUGAGCCCAUCGUUCAAUCAGAAGAGAAGGAAGACACUUCUCCAUCUUCUCCCACUGUGACUUCUCCUUCUGAGUGCUCUCUCCCCCCACCCACCACUGAGACAACUUCUGCAAGCCCGUCACCACUGCCUGCGGCUAUGGAAGAUCCCACAGUCCUAUCAGAUGAACAGGACCUAAGGAGUGAGCUUUUCACACCAGAUUCAAAACUGACUUCCAAAUCUACACUUCCACCAAAAGCAACUCAGGAAUCCCAAAGGAAGAUGAUGGAUGAUGUGCCACAACGCAAACAAAAAGGCAUUUCUGAGCACAGGGCUUUGUCUAAAGAAGAAAAGAAAAUCACUGGGCUAUAUUCCCCAGCUAUAGCUUCUGCCCCUGAAGGUACCUUCUCACCACACACUGAGAUGACUUCUGAAUACCAGGCCUCACCACCUCCAGCCAUUCUAUCUGAAGAUGUAGCCUUAUCAGGAGAGACAAUAGAAACAGAAUGGUUUUCACCUUCUUCCACGUCCACUACUGAUUUAUUAGCACCACCAUAUACAACACCAGAGCCCCAGGAGGAAGAAAUUAUCCAGACAUCCCCUCUACAUCUAAAAAGUGCCUCCUCACCUACGAAUCUAUCAGAGCAACAACAAGAAGACAUUGGCCCUUUUUCUCCAGAUUCUGCAUUUGCAUCAGAAUUCUCAUUUUCACCCUAUGCAACUCAGGAAACAGAGAAAAGGGAACUCGAGUGUGAUUCACCAGUGUGUUUAACAUCACCAUCUGAACAAACUAUUUUGUCAGAUGAAGACACUGAAGAAACAGAACUGUUUUCUCCAGACUCAGCAUCACAAGUUUCAAUCCCACCCUAUAGAACUCCAUUCAUGGAGAAAAAUGAAAUUGAGCCAGAUCCACUAUUAACUGCAAGAUCUGCUUCAGGAUACUCCUACUUUUCAGAAACAGAGGAGGGAGAGAUGGGAUCAACAGCGGCUACACCAGUGCAUGAGCAAAUACCUGAACCUUUCUCUGUCAUGUCUGAGUCUGAAGACUCAAGCCUGCCACUUGUAGUAAACAAAGCUGACCAAGCAGAAGUUAAGUCAGAUGCUCAAAAAAUCUCCACAUCUGUAUCUGAAUUUCUCAUUUUGGCACAUCAGCAGAAAACUCAAUCAUCUGAACCUGGAGACAUGGUUCUACCAUCUUUGACCAGUGGAUCAGAGAAGGGAGAAUUUGCGGUCAGUUCAUCGGCAGCCAUAACGUCUCCCUUAUCACCUGCACAAUCAUCCACGGCAAAAGGAGAAACGAAACUUGUUUCACCUGCAUCUCAGUUUUCACCUGACUCAGUCCAUGAAAAGAAAGAACAGGAGCCCAAAGCACCACACAUUCUAAAAGCUGCAGAGGAGCAGAUGGCUUUGACAAAAGUCACAGAAGAAACGGUCCCCAAUUCUACAGCACGUGGAUUGCAGAAUCAAAAACUGGAGCCUCAGCCUCCAAAUAUUCCAGGGUCUGGGAUGAAAUACUCAGUUUUGUCUGACUUGGUAGAUGAGUCAAAGAAGGAUGUCAAAUCCAGUUUAACUCCAACUGUGACUUCUGAACUAGAACAGAGAAGAUUGUCAAGGAAUGAGCCUGAAGAGGCAAAACCAGCUUCAUCUCCAAAGGAAACAGCUAUUUCUGGACCUGAGAUUUUCUCCGGAGUGAAAACAGAAGUGAAACAGGAUUCCAAAAUAUCCAGAGAGCUUCACUCAGCCUCAGCAGGAACAGGAAAGAAAUUUGAACAUGGUCCACCUGCACCAACCACUUUGGCUUUGCCAGAAGAAAGAAAGAUAAGAGCAGAACCCAGCCUCUCAACAACCACAGUACCUGAGACUAAGCUUGACUCCAUCUUAACCAAGAUAGCAAGAGAAGAUAUCCCAGCAGAUCCAUCUCUUGACACCACUGUAGAACAUGUAGGUUUAGCAAAAGUAGGAGCAGAUGAAUCAGGCAGAGGCUUGCCGUCAACCAUAACAUUGAUGGAUGAGCUUUCUGUUCUAAAAGAAGAAAAAGUAACUAAAAGUGCUUCUCUCAUUGGAACUUCUUUAUCCAAAGAUUCAGCUUGGUCAGAAUCAGAGAAAGAAAUUACAUUAGAUUCAUCUCCAAGUAGAUCUUCUGUAACAGAGCCUGCUAGUUUGUCGAAAGUAGAAAUGGAAGAAAUUAAACCAGAGAUGCCAGUAUCUAAAGUGUCACCCUCCCAGCGUUCAGAUGCAUCUGAGGAAUCAAGAGCAGAAUCAAGAGCAGAAGACAAACAAGGUCCUUCAUUUUCUGCAGGCCUCAGCUCUGAACAUUCGGUUUCAUCACAGAAGAACUUGCUGCCUGCCUCAGAGACAUCAAGGCCAGAACCUUCUCUUUUACUCGACCUAGGUGGUAAGAUAAAGAAAGAAGAAACUAAACUUCCUGCUGCACCAAAGGUGUCACCUGCACCUCAAUCUGUAAUGCCAAAAAGCAAAAAUGAGGAGACAACAAUUUCUCCUCCCAAGGUUGAACAUUUAGUGUCCAAAGAUUUAGCCCCAACUGUGCUGACUCUCGGGGAAGGUGAGAACGAACAAGCAGAGGAAGAAUCUUCUCCAGUGCAAGAGGAUUUCCUGUCAGGAAAACAAGGACUUGCUGUGGCCGAGCUUUCUAGAGAGCCUAAGAAAGACAAGCUGUCCCACCUAGCAGAACUGCCAACUGCUAAGUCAGAAUUGCCUGGUGGCUUAAGUAGGCAAAGUGAGUCCUUAGGUAUAGAUGUAGUAAAAUCUCUUGUCACAGAAACUGGGGACUCUGUUUUAGAAAAGAGCCGCGCUGAGCUUAGUUACAGAGGAGAAGGAAGUGAAGGAAACAGGAAACUUCAUGAGUCUGCUCCAAAACCAUCCACGAUUGUUUCCUCUGACCUCCUUGUGGAACAAAAGAAGCCUGAAAGAGCGCUUCCGUCGCAUCAAGCUGUUCAGUUGCCUGAUGUGAGCAGUUCUCAUGCAGAUCAGCCCGAUGUGGGUGCCAAACAAUUUUUAUUUAUGAAAGACAAUUUGCCUGUGGAACAAUCGAAAUCAUUUAUUUCAGCUGAGCCUGCAGAUGUGAAAGAAGCCGCAAUGAAAGAGUCUCUUCGUUUUCCAAAGGAUGAUAACAGGAUGCUGGAAAAGCCAGAUCACUUGGCUGGUCAGCAUGGAGGGAGAAGAGAGUCUGAGCAGCUGGCUUCCCCUGGCAGCGAUGCUCCGAUGACAGAGCAGCUCAAGGCCGCUGCAUCCGACGAACAUCAGACACGUGGAAUCAGAGAGCAGGCUCUGCCACAUUCUGCCGAAUUACAAGAACCAGUGUCUGCUCUCAAGACCUCCAAUCAUGAUGGUUUUGUUUCAUCAACUAAAACUUCCUUUUCUGAAGAAGUGAAGUUGGCUCAAGGACCAAGUAGAGAGAGAAACAUAGCAGAGGAGAAACAGAUUCAUUCUACCAUGGGGAAGGAAAGUUUGAUGUUGGAGAAAGUAAACGAUGACUUUUCCAAACCUUCUAAAGCAGAGAACCAGAAAGAAAUCAAACUACCUCCUGAACAAACAUGCCAGAAAGUAGUGCUUGGCCCAUCAGUGGAAGAAGUAGAGCCAGGCACUGUCCCCUCUCCAGUGAAAGCAGCCCAUUCCCUGGCAGAAGUUGUGGAACCUACAUUGGGCAAUGAAAAUGAAGCCCGCAGCAGCACAUCUCUACCUGGAGAGAAGUCAUUUGCAGAAUCAAAAAUGGUUCAGUCAAAGCUUGUAGAUAACACAAAUGAGGGAAGGAAUCUGGCUCCUGAAAUACCCACACGAAGAAAACCCACCCCCUCCCUCCAAGCAAAUGAAGAACCUCAACCCCCAGAGACACAAAAGCUUCCUGAAAAGCCUCAGGUGGUCGAGCAAAGUCUUCCUGAGGGAAAGGGAAAGAAAGGAAUGUCAUCUUUCAAAUCAUGGAUGUCCAGUUUAUUUUUUGGAUCAAGCACUUCAGAAGACAAAGUUGCUGAAAAAGACUUAGAAACUCAGCCAAGUCCCUCAGUAGAAAAAGCAGUGACUGUGGUAGAGCCUGAAGGUGCAAUUGCUCUUGAUGCUGGAGCAAGUGGGAAAACAGCUGAUCUUUCAGCACCAGGGGUAAAACUUAAAAUGGCUGAAGAAUGCACAGGUACUUCCGUUAAAUCUGCGGAAGGUCAAGACCUUAAAGAGAACUCCACGUCUUUAUCAAAUGGGGAAGCUUUAAAACAACCCAAAUCAAACUUUGAGGUAUCUAGAAAAGAUUAUGAGAAGAAAGAAAUCUCAGACUAUUCAGGGGAAAUGGGCACGAAGUUAGUUACGUCUGUUGUUGAGGAGAAUCAUGGAAUUCAACCUUAUUCCCUUACGGGUGAGAAACCAGUUAUGGAAGAAGCCAAAAAUGUGAUUCCAUUUCCUGUUACUGAGAGUAAAAUCCACCAGAAGCCAGCAAGCAUUCCUUCAUCUUCAUGGAAUAUUGGUAUUCUUAAGGAAGAGCCAAGUGGUGAUCAAAAAGAAAAGUCACGUGUUUCCUUUGAUGUAGUAGGUAAGAUGCCACAAGAGCCCAAAGAAGCGUCAUCUAACUUUGUAAGUAAAAAUACAAUGAUGGAAUCAGAGAAGCCACAGCAAAUAAUUUUGUCAGUACAAGAAUCAAAAGAUAGCUUAGUUGAUCUUGGCAAAGACACAUUAAAGAAGGAAAUGUCCAAACCUACUUGGAAACAUUCUGAAGAGAGGAAAGAUAGUUUGGAGAUUAUACCUUAUGCUUUGACAGAAAAGAAGGAGGUGGUAGAAAAACAAGAAGUGAUGGUUUCCUUUGAGCAUAGAGAAAAUAAAGGAAUAAGGGAAUCCCAAAUGGUAGCUGACUUUAGACCUACUAAACUAGAGGAAUCAAGAGCUGCUGCAAGGCUGGAGCACAGCUAUUUAAAAGAAGACAAGGGAAGGUCUGACAAUAUUGCUGGUUCUGAGGAGAAGAGAGAAGAAAAAGACAGGCAGGCACAGGUAUUUUCAGAAGGAAAGCAGCAGGAAAGUGAGCCUUAUUCUUUGACUAUAGCCCGGUCUAUGCCGGAAGAACCACCUGUCUCUUUAGGUCAUUCGUUGGAUGAACCUAAACCACUUUCAUCCAUUAAAACACCAGCAAUUACUGAAAAACCAGAAAGCGUGCUCUCAGAGGCUCCCUUAGAAAUCAGGGAACGAAAGACAGUUGAAACUCAACCACAUCUAUUAGAAGAAAGUAAAGUUUUGGUGGAGAAAACCAAGGUUUUCCGCCCUGUGGUUCCUCAUCAUGAUGAAAUAAAUAAUCACUCAUUACCUCAGGAAGGAAAUCUGGUAUUAGAAAAGUCAAGCACGGGAAAAGUCAUGUCAAGUCUCAAAGAGGAAAAGUUUACCAUUUCAGAGCUAUCCAAUGAUGGUUCAGUAGCUAUCACAAAUGAAAGUAUGGAGCGAGGACUGCCAUCUCCUGACUCUGAAAUGACAUUAGAUCUUCCUUCUGAUGAAACAAAGAAAUUAGAAACACCACCCUAUUUGCUGUCACUGGGGAAGCCACAACCUCUUGUUUCAGGAACUUCUCCAGAAAUUAGUACAGUGAAGAAACAGGAAGUUCCACGGUCAGAAUUAACUCCAGAUAGACCUACUGUCCAUACUAUGCAAACAUUUAAAGACCACCCAUCUGAGAUACCUAAACAAUCCAUUCUUGUUUCAAAGCGCCAUUUUGAGAUGGAAGGAGAUGCCCACAUAAACAAACCACACUCUUCAGCAACAAGCAAUUACGCUCAAUUUAUAAUGAAUGCAUCAGCAAUCACUGGAGAUGAAAUAACUUCCACUAAGGAAAUGUCCAAGGAGCCUGAAGGCACAUAUGCAAAAGAUGAAGAAUUUACAGCAACUAGUACGCCAGCUGGACUUUCAGAAGAUCAGAAGAGUGCCUUCAGUAUCAUUUCUGAAGGCUGUGAGAUAUUGAAUAUUCAUGCUCCUGCCUUUAUUCCUUCAAUGGAUCAGGAAGAAAGUGAACAGGUGCGAGAUAAAUUAGAAUAUUUGCAGGAGAAAUCCUCAUUUAAAACAAUAUCCCUUCAUGAGGAGAAGGAGAGAGUUGCUUCCCAUGAAACACUAAAGAGCAACAUAGAUGAUUCUGAUAGAAAAGUAAAACCAGUGAAGGAAAGUGAACAAAAGGAAACUCAUAAAACAAAAGAGGAGAGAGCCACUAAUCCAGAGGCAGGCGAUUUGAUUUUUACUCAGCAGACAAUUCCCAGUGGAGAAGAUUAUUUUGAAAAAUAUACUUUGAUCGAUUAUAACAUCUCCCCAGACCCAGAAAAACAGAAAGCUCCAUGGAAAUUAACUUCUGAAGAGGAACUCCCAAAGAGAGCCGAAGAAGAAACUUCCCGGGAAAGUUCACAGCCAAGCGCCCUAGAACACGACUAUGACUUGGUGAAAUUAGAUGAAAGCUUUUAUGGAUCAGAAAAGGACCACGAAAACUUAUCUCCUCCAGAGACACAAAAGCCUUUAGGUAUCCAAGAAUCAGCAGGUGGAACUGCUUCAAGGGACAUCAACAGAGAUGGGGACUCUAGGUCACCUGGAAUGCCUUUGUUUGGUGCAGAAGAAGGAGUUUUGUCAAGAGCUCAGACACUUCCUACCACUGUCAAAACUGUGAAUCCGGAGCUUCUGGGCGAGCCACUUGCAUUUUUAUAUAAGGAUUUGUAUGAUGAGGCCGUCGGGCAGAAGAGGAGAGAAGGUGAGACAGCUCCUGAAGGUGACAGCGCGGAUUCUGAGGCAUCACUCCCAAGCAGACAUUCUGACAUUGACGACAGCGCCGGAAUGUAUUUUGAGAAAUACACACUCAAGGAUGACAUUCUUCUUGACACGUCUGUAACUCCAAAGGGCCGAGGCCAAGGUCUAGAAGAAAAACCAGUUAUUAAAGAUGAGUCAUACCAACUGAUAGCGGCAGAAGGAGAAAUUUGGGGGAAGCCUAGAACCAGUUGGGAGAAAAGUCUGGAGGAAGAACCUAAGGCUAUUUAUAGAGAAAAACAAUCAGUAGCCCACGUAAAGACUUUUGGUGAUGCGGCAAUGCAGAAGAAAGCAGCCAUAACUGAGGAAGUCAGAGUGGUUACUCAAAAAAUGAGUUAUGCAGUUCCAUUUGAAGACACCCGUCAAGUUCUAGAGAGUGCAGAAGAACCAAGCAGUCAGGACAGUGAGGUAGGAAAUGCAAGUCCAGAGGUCAAUUUGAAUGUCCCAAUACAAGUGUCUUUCCCAGAGGAAGAAUUUGCAUCUGGUGCUACCUAUGUACAAGAAACACCACAAGAAGGAUCUAGAAUAUCAAUCCCAGCUGAGCCAAGUGUAGAGAGACUCCGCAAUAGCCCUGUACAGGAUGAAUAUGAAUUUGUUGAGUCUAUGAAUUAUGAAGUGGCCAGUCAAAACAUUUUAUCGGAAGAACUACAUGCAGAACCCCCAUCUGAAAAUGUGUUAUCUCAAGAAAAAGGAUCCUUUGAACACCUCAAGAAACAUGAGUUUGCAAGUGUGGCAGAACAAAGUAUGUCUGCUGAACAGAAAGAGUUGGGUAAAGAGAGGACAGAAGAAGAACAAUUAGAAUCGACAUUAGUGGCUAAAAAGGCACAAAAGGAAGCAAAAAGGUCCCAGGUUGAGGCAUAUUGCUAUACCUGCAAAAGCCUAAUUUCUGCAGUGGACAAGGCAUUUGAUACCCACAAGGACCAUGAAGUUUCAACACUUGACACAGCGAUAAAUGCUGUUAAGGUUCAAUUAGCAGAAUUUCUUGAAAAUUUACAAGAAAAGUCCUUGAAGAUUGAAGCCUUUGUUAGCGAGAUAGAAUCCUUUUUUAAUACCAUUGAGGAAAACUGUAGCAAAAAGGAGAAAAGACUGGAAGAACAGAAUGAGGAAAUGAUGAAGAAAGUUUUGGCACAGUACGAUGAGAAAGCCCAGAGCUUUGAGGAAGUGAAGAAGAAGAAGAUGGAGUUCCUGCAUGACCAGAUGGUCCACUUUCUGCAGAGCAUGGACACUGCCAAGGAUACUCUGGAGACCAUUGUGAGAGACGCAGAGGAGCUGGACGAGACUGUCUUCCUGACUUCAUUUGAGGAAAUCAAUGAAAGGCUGCUUUCUGCGAUGGACAGAACAGCUUCUUUGGAGAAUAUGCCUGCUGCCUUCUCCCUUUUUGAACAUUAUGAUGACAGCUCAGCGAGAAGUGACCAGAUGUUGAAACAAGUAGCUGUUCCCCAGCCUCCAAGACUAGAACCUCAGGAAUCGAAUUCUGCCACCAGCACCACAAUUGCUGUUUAUUGGAGCAUGAACAAGGAAGAUGUCGUUGACGCAUUCCAGGUUUACUGCAUGGAGGAGCCACAAGAUGACCAAGAAUUAAAUGAGUUGGUAGAAGAAUACAGAUUGACAGUGAAAGAAAGCUACUGUGUUUUUGAAGAUUUGGAACCCGACCGAUGCUAUCAAGUAUGGGUAAUGGCUGUGAACUUCACUGGAUGUAGCCUGCCUAGUGAACGGGCAAUUUUUAGAACAGCACCUUCCACCCCUGUAAUUCAUGCUGAGGACUGCACUGUGUGCUGGAACACAGCCACCAUCCGGUGGCGGCCUGCCAACCCAGAUGCCACAGAGACCUACACUCUAGAGUACUGUAGACAGCCCUCUUCUGAGGGCCAGGGUCUCAGAUCUUUCUCUGGAAUUAAAGGACUACAGCUGAAAGUUAACCUCCAACCUAAUGACAAUUACUUUUUCUAUGUGAGAGCCAUCAAUGCGUUUGGGACAAGUGAACAGAGCGAAGCUGCCCUCAUAUCCACUAGAGGAACCAGAUUUCUUCUGUUGAGAGAAACAGCUCAUCCCGCUCUACAGAUUUCCUCUAAUGGGACAGUGAUCAGCUUCACUGAGAGGAGACGGCUGACAGAAAUCCCCUCAGUGCUGGGUGAGGAGCUGCCAGCGUGUGGCCAGCAUUACUGGGAAACUACAGUCACAGACUGCUCAGCGUAUCGCCUGGGCAUCUGCUCCAGCUCAGCCGCGCAGGCCGGGGCCCUGGGACAAGGGGAGACCUCAUGGUACAUGCACUGCUCUGAACCACAGAGAUAUACGUUUUUCUACAGUGGCAUUGUGAGUGAUGUCCACGUGACUGAGCAGGCAGCGAGACUGGGCAUUCUCCUGGACUACAACAACCAGAGACUUCUAUUUAUAAAUGCCGAGAGUGGGCAGAUGCUCUUCAUUGUGAGGCACAGGUUUAAUGAGGGCGUUCACCCUGCCUUUGCUCUGGAGAAACCUGGAAAAUGCACUUUGCACCUGGGAAGAGAGCCCCCCGAUUCUGUACGGCAUAAAUGAUCCUUGCCUUUCAGAGUCUGUAAGAGCAAGAAUUGGACUUUUUGUGUGUGUGCGUGUAUGUGUGAUCUGAUGUUCUUACUCUUAGGUGCUACAUAUUAUUCAAAAAGUUUCUCACACAUUCACAUUAAUAAAAGCUAACAGCACAGCGAUCAGCAUAUAAGCAACACCUAUAAGGACACCUUGACUGGGUAGACAGUGUGUAGGUAAAAGGCUGAAAAUUAACCUCUACCCUUUGGUUCACAUGUAUUUAAAUUCUUUCCUAAGUUAAAAGGACUUAUACCAAAAUAGAGAAAUGGACGUAUCCCUGUCUUACUGAAGAAAUCCCCUGAUGGGCAUGUCCAAGCGAAGAGAAUAUUGUGCUAGUGAUAAUUUCUCCUCUGACAAAGAGACAGGGACAUUUUCCACACGAAAAUGUCACCUCACUUCACUAAAGGAUAAUGAAUCCUAAUCAUUAGAGAAAGCAUUUUAGGUGAUCUAAAUUUAUAAUGAACUCUUUUGUAAUAUUGUAUUCUGUAGAAUGUAAGUCUCAUUUUCUUGUAAUUUUAAAUGUAGGAAAGUAUGAGAUAUUAGAACUUGCCAUUUUGUUAAAUAAAUGGUUAGUCUUAUAAAACAAAA